AUGAGGUGUUUCCAGCUCUGUUGGGUGAUUUUCAUCUUGAUUUUUUUCGGUGAAAGUGAAUGGAUGCCGUCCGUCUCUGGAAUGCCUAUGGAACAAAGAUUUGACGGAAGUACUCUAUGCGGCUUGGAUUUCGGGCGUAAUGCCGCCAGUAAAGAAUAUUCACGCAUUGCUUUAGAACUGAUUUACAAGGAUACAGCAACAGUGGUUGCUAAUAGCACCAAAUGCGAUCUGGAGUUCAGGGAUGGCGCUGCGCAAUGGAAGAAGCUUACAGGAAAUGAAAAAAGAUCAUUCGACCGCAUCGAAGUUCGAGUAACAGAAGGCAAUCCCGAACUCCUUAAGGUAUGAAAUCAUUCCUUUUCAAAUUUAUCUACUUUAUUUACCGUUGAAAAAUAGCUUCUAACGUUUCAUCCUACUUGGAUUAGCAUAAUUUAGGGUAUGUUUUCCUUACAUCAACUUUCAUUUAUGCGAUCACUCAUAUGUAAUGUAUUUUUAGCAAGAGGCGGAAAAUUGUAUAUUGUCCCCACUUACGUUUAAAUCCAUCCUCUCAAACGGACACUCAUAUAAUUGAGUUGAUGGUAUACUGCAUCGGCAAGAAUGCGCAUCGCGAAUUAUUAUCAUAGUUUACUUUUCUCUUUAAACUGAUUAUUCCAGAAGUAUUCUGUUGUUUGCAUUAUUUAGAUCUUUGUUGACAAAAAAGAUCGAAGACGACUCUCGGACGAUGUGCAUUCCAUUAUUCAAAUUGUUUGCGCAAACCGGAAGUUUCAUGGUUGCAUUCGCUUUCCAUCAUCGAAAAAAGGUGAGUUUGCACGAUUCUAGCUCCCGUUUUUCUGCCAGGCGAAGGAAAGACAUUGUUCUUAAGAGUUUCAUGUUAAUAUAUUGAUUAGCGAUUUUCAUUGCCAUCCAGAUAGACGCUUUUAUACACAGAUAUACAUUUAUAAAUAUAUAUAUUGGAUCCCGUUUACAAUAUAUGCAAACGUAUAUUGAAUCAAAAUCUUAUAACCUUUAUAGUGCUCUCUGUCAGUUUCAAUCAGAAAAACCCACCAGGAUAUUGCAAAGUCUCGGAAGAAUUGAGUCAUGAAUUCGUUUUUGAGUGGGUUGAUACAGUAUAUAUGUAUAAACAAAUAAUAGGUAAAUUUGAUUUUCAGUUUCCUGUUGGUAUAAUAGGUUCAUUUUUCAGUUUCCUGUUGGUUUAAUCAGGGCUCGAAAUAAUGGUGGGUCAAAGAACAAUGUUUGCACUGAUUGGGGAUUUGACUGGUCAACCUUUCAUCUUGCUAGUCAGUUUGACUGGUCACAUUCCAUCAUGUUGAAAAUGAAAUAAAUGAAAGUUCCCAUGCUGUUCAGUUUUUAUCAGUAUGUAAGGAGUCUGAAAAGAUACAUGACUGAGUCAAAAUGAAUUUGUCUAUCAUUGCAUGCGGAGACUCUCCAGAUACUGGAACCUUAAGUGACAUUUUUUGACCAAUCAGAGCACGCCUGGUAUUUCAUUUGUGUAUUGUGACAAUACAACUCCAAUUUUACUUGAGGUGUUAUUCUGGUAAUUGGCCAAAGAGGGUCCAGAGGCCCCCUUUGUUUAAAUUUGGAGGCCCUUUCUCAAGAAAGAGAGCCUAAGAUGUAAGGGGGCUUAGAGGAGGGCUCUUAACCCUUUAACUCCUAAGAGUGACUAAGACAGAAUCUACAAUAAAAAGCUAAGUUUUUCGUUUGUCUCAGAUGUAGUCAUGUGUGAUGUAGAUUGCGACGGUUCGACUGCAUACUGCUAGUCUUCUUCAGUCAAUGAGGUCGACUGAUCAUGUGUGACUAGUCUCGCAUGACCAGUUGACCUCAUUGCCUGAAGAAGACUAGCAGUAUGCAGUCAAAACGUCGCGACCUUCAUCACAUGUGACUACAUCUGAGACAAACGAAAAACUUAGCUUUUUAUUGUUAUUCACCGCGAUGAAUAACCACAACCUUUUCUAAGACAGAACAGAAGAAUUCUCUAAGACAGAAUUUCUCCCUACUUUACCAAUACCAUAUCAAGCAGAGAAUUAAUGAGAUCUAGAAAAAUAUAUUUAAGUGGAUUAUAAUCCCUUAGACCCUAAAGAGUGACUGGCUUCUAAUUUCUACAUACAGUGUUACCCCUGAAUCAAAUGUAAAGAUCAUGGGAAUAAUGGAAAUGAUCACCAAUUUAAGAAGCUUCUGAUUAUCAAACAAAUUCUCCUUGUCAGUACCAAAGUAAUUGAGUGAGAACAGUAUGGAGGGUACGAAUGCCAAUGUUAGGGGGUGAAGGGUUAUUCACCAAAAAUGAUCGGAUCAAUAUUAGUAUCUGGGCAACUGCCCACCUACCCCUCCCCUAACCCAACGUUAACCCUAACUUGUUAUCAAUUGACUGUUGUUGAGUUAGGGGAUGGGUAGGUGGGCAGUUGCCCAGAUACUGAUAUUGAUCCAAAUGAUCUAAAGAUGAUUUCAUCUUUCCAGCUGCACAUGCUAUAGAUUGUAUUUUAGGGUGCUAACAGUUGGCUAUUGACUUAUGAAUAAACAUUUCUCUAUGUUUUUUUUAACCCUUUAAGUCCCACUAGUGACCAAGACAGAAUUUCUCCUUACACUAUCAGUACAAUAUCAAGCAGACAAGUAAUGAGAGUAAAGAAAAAUAUCAAUUAGGGGAUUAUUGGUUGAUCCAAUACCAAAUUCUCCAAAUUAGAAUCAUACGAAUUGUAUGGCAGACAGUAAGGAGAAUUACUAUUGAGAUCUUGGGAAUUAAAGGGGUAAUGUUAUUUUAUUGCUCAUUUAGUAUAUGCGCUAUAUACUAGAUAAACUUAGCAGGCUGUAUUUCACUGUAUGGCAUGCUAAAUUCAAAAGUUUCUUUUAAUUGAAAUCUUCUGUCUAUGUUUUAACCCUUUAACUCCCAUGAGUGACCAAGACAGAAUUUCUCCUUAUAAUAUCAACACAAUAUCAACCAGAUAAGUGAUGAGAAUAAAGAAAAAGAUCAAUUUGGGGAUAAUUAUUUGAUCCAAUUCUAAAUUCUCAGAACUAACACUAUAAGAAUUGUAUGAUUUACAGUAAGGUGAAUUACAAAUUUGAUCUGGGAGUUAAAAGGUUAACCCAGAGAUAAAAUAAUUGUCCUACUAACCUCAUUUUUGUGGUCUGUAUAGUAAGUUAGAAACCUUGUUUUUUCUGCUCUAAUUUAUGGCCAGCACAUUUAGCACUUACACCAUAUAUCCCAGUAGAAAAAAAAUGGUGCGUAACUUACAAUACAGACCUCAAACUCAGUUUGUAAGAGACAUGUACUGUUGAUUUCAGGGGUUAUGCAUAAGCACAGAAGCCUUCUUAGUGUUGAUCAGGGUGACGUGCAGAAGGAUGAUGAUGAUGGCAUAUUUCUAAAGCCACUCCUCCUGAUAUCAGCUGGUAUCGCAGUUCUUCUUCUGGCUGGAAGUCUGUGCACUGAUUGUAAUGAAAACAAAGAUGAUGUGUCAAUGUAAGUUUAUUUUCAAAUUUAACAAUUUAAAGGUCAUGAAUAUUUCAUACUAUAACUAAUGUCUUUUUUGUUGUUGGUAAACUCUGCCCCUAGUCAGCCAUGUUUCAGCUAGCAGAGGCUAUCGCAUGCUUACCCCUUACUUGAUUAUUUCUAUAGGUAAAUGCAGAAAGGGGGUGGUUUUUCUUAAAAAAAACUGUGGUGCUGUGUCAGGGCUAAAAAUUAACCCCAGUGCUUGGUGGCCAGUCAGGCCAGUUUUCUUGAAUUCUUAGUGACCCAUCCCAAAAUGAAGUAGCCCUUGAUUUCCUCUAGUUUAAAAUGAAAAACUUGAAUAAAUGCCCCAUGGCUUUUAAUGGAGUGUUGACUAACAGAAAAGAACAAGUUCAUGAAAUCACUGUUAAAACAGCUCAGAAUUUCCACUUCAGGACUAAAAACUUCCCUAAAAUGGAUGAUCUUAGAGUCCAGGCAAAGAAAUGAAGAGAGAGGUGGUCCAGUUAAACUACAUAUUGAGUUUUCUUUCUAACUUUGUAAUUAACAUAAUUUACAUUGUAACUUUUUGAAAUUCUGUAGCAUAGUCGCGCAUCGGGCAUUAAAACCUUAACUUUUGGUGGCCCUAGUCAGUUUUAACUUGCGACUGUGUGACUGCCAAUUUUUAGCCCUGCUGUGUCAGUGGGAGAGUAUAGUUCAAGAUAAUUUUGUUUCAUCAACUGAGUUGAUAAUGUAAAUCGGCCACCGCAAAGAGUUUCAAAGCUAAAAUUUCGAGUUUUAGCCUUUUCAUCAGAGCCAAUAUUUUAACAGUUGUCCAUUUGCUCGGAUGCAAGGCUAAUGCUUGAAAUGUAAGCAUGAAACUCUUCACAAAAGCCAAUUUACAAUAUCCACUCAGGUGAUAAAUUAAAUUAUCUUGUUUUACUUCUAUAGUCUCAGUAAGUAGCCAGGUAUAGGGGAAAAGGGGCCAGGAUCACAAUGGACGUUAUGGGGAUGUCCCACUAAUAAGGGGUACCUCAGGGAUGCCACACCUCUUGCAGAAAGAAAGAGGGAAAAAAACGAACAUGAAAAAUUUUAAAGGGUGCGUCAGCCGAUCCAUGGAAAUACUUUUACAGUUUAUGCAAGGGUUUCCUAAGGUGCCAACCAGGAGAAUUUGUUUAACAAUCAAGAGCUUCUUUAGUUGGUGAUCAAAACCUCCAUUCUUGUGACCUUUGUAUGUAAUUCAGGAUGAUAUUGUUGGGAGAAUUUAAAUGCCAAUAUUUUUAGGGUUUAAAGGAUUAACUGAAGAUUUUAACUUUUAAUCUUCAGAUCGGAUGCCAAACCUCAUCUUGUCUCUUGCCAACAACGUCUAAGUCGGCGCCAGGUAGAGAACGUCCUUUUGAUAAAGUCUUGACUUUACAUCUGAUGUCAAAGUUGUUCUUCUCAUCUCAUAACUCUAUAAGCAGUGUCCUUGACUGAUUGAUGAACUGAACAAAAUUUCAAUGUUGAGAGGAACCAGCGAGAAAAAGUAAAAUCAUCCCUGUUCCCCCCCCCCCCCCCCGGCAAUUCGUCAGCUUUCCCUGACAGGUUGCCUGGGCCCAUUUUUACUCCUGGGUGGAGAGAGACUCCGUAAGAUUCAAGUGUUUUGCCCAAGAUCGGUGCACAAUGACCGGAUACGUUUUAAACCCCGACCUCUCAACCAGGUGUCCAGCGCGUAAACUAUUGUCUUCUUUUGUAUUGGUAAUAACAUGAUUUCGAGUGCAAUUUGGUGUUAAUAAGCAUUUGUAAAUUUUCCAAAGACAACAAAAUUGCACGAGCCCGUGGGGCAAAUGUAAUUUGUAGUUUUUGAAGAAUUUACAAGUGCUUACUACACGAGAAAUCAUGUUGUUACUUGUUAAUAAUGUACAUGAAAAAAAAAAUCACAUAUAGUCAAGAGAGACGUAAAUUUUGGCAGUGCGCACGCGUCCUAUUUGUAAUUUGCACUCGUGUUACAACUUUGCCCUCGUGUUACAUGAGAAUGCACUCGUUUUCAGUCGAUCAAACGCGCUUAAUCUUUUCAUCUACAUUAUUAAUUAAAUAACUGCAUGCAUACUGAAGUAUGGAGUUUUGCGGAAAUAUUGCCAUAGUUUUUUUCUUAUUCUGUUAUUUUUGUCUCUAGGUACUGCCAGAUGAACAACAGCCAGAGGAAGAAGUCGUCGACGAGUCGAAAAUUGAUAUCGGAACAAUUGAAAAGAUGGACCAAAAUUUGGUGGAGGAGAAUAAUCACACAUCACAGAUUCCCCUUUCAGACAAUGAGCUUCCUGAAAGUACAUCGACCGUCCAGCACGUGCAGCACGUGCCACCGAACAGCACGCAUCCCCCCGAGCCGGCGAUUGUCGCGCACACAUCUGACUCGCAGCCACGCCCGCCCAGCACGGAGCACGUGCCUCCAAAGGACGUUGACGUUGUGCAUCCGGGUACUACGUCGUCAGAGUAUGAAACUGUAGAAUGUAAGACUGUCAGCUCAAAAUCUGGAAUCUCGAAGAGCAAACAAGGCAGUGAACAUGAACAUGACGAACAUAAAGGCAGGUUCUGGAAGAGAACUCGGUCUGCUAAAGGAAGUAGUGGUAGCAGUUCCGCCACGGAUAGAUCCUCUGAUGUAUUCAAAGAUGAGGAACACAAACACAGAUCGAGGAAAGAAUCUAAAGAGACGAAGACAAAAACUGGAAAAACAAAGAGCAGAACGGGCUCUUCGGAUAGUGAUAAAGACGAAAAACACGUUUUGCAUGAAAGUCCCAUUGAAAGGCCUCGAGAGAAGACGCCAACCCUAGAACGGCAUUCUCGAGGACUUCCGCUUCCGCCGGGGCCUUCAGUGCCUCCACUUCCGGUUGUUCCCAUUUCCCAAAGACAUUUUUCUGCUCCCGAUGAGGUGGAAGAUGAUAACAACUAUGAGACUGUUGAAGUGCGUAAGACAAAGUCCAUGGAGAGAGUGAAGGGCCAUCCACCGUCUCCAUCCGACGAUGCAUAUGACACUGUCCAGGUUAAAGUCGGAAAACCUCGGGCUCUUUCGCUUGAUCACGACAUGGGCGAAGACAGCGGGAAUUACGAAGUUGUUGCUUUUAAUAAGAGCGAGAUUGAUUAUUUGUAUGCUGAAGUGCAGCAAUCCAAAAAUAAGGAGACUACGAAUGAAAAAAACGUGGAAGACACGGUUGCUGAGGAAACUGAGGAAGAUCCAGAAGAUCCUUACUCGAGAAUUAAGAACUUGAAACUGAAGGAAGAGGCAGCAGAAAUGUCAGAGGCCCUCGAAGAUGCGGAAGAUCCUUAUUCCAGCAUAAAAAAUGACAUGCAAGAGGAUGAUUUGGAAGUCUCUAACCUGUAUGAAGAUGUCGAGAAACAAAAAGAAAAUCGAGUUGAUAAAAAUCACAAAUACGCAUCCGUUGACAAAAGAGAAGUAUUCCAGUUAAUGAUAGACACCGAAAACAGCGCAGAUUCUGAAAGGAACAGAUCAAAGAGUGAUACAACGGGAUUGAAACGAUGUAGGAAGGAGAUGGACAAACGCGCCAAUUCUGUUCAUGUGGUGCGGUCAAGAACAGGCGAGGCUGUGGCAAAAGGCGAGGUUACACAAGCAAACAAGGCUACCACUUUGCCAAGAGACGAUACUUACGCAAAAGUGGACUUGAGCAGGAAGACAAGGCGUCGUAAUGAUACAGAAAGUAGCGGAGAUACUGAGGAGGAGAGACAUGACACGGAAGAUCCCCCACCCCUACCCCCUGCGUACGUGUCGUCAAGACAAAUGAAGAUUGAAAUGGGAAGAAUUCCAGGUAAAGAAGACGAAAUCUUAGUUCGUCAAAUGUUUCAUUCACGGGCUGUGGCAGACAGACAGAGAGACUGAAAUACAAACACUGGCGGACAGACUGACUAACUGACAGACUGAAUGACUGACUCAUAUUUACUGACUGACUGACAUACUAACUGACUGACUGACUUCAUGUCUGACUGACUGACUGACAUACUGACUUACUGACAGAGACUAUAAGACAGACUCACUGACCGACAGACAGACCGUCAGACGGGCGAUAAAUCAUGUAAUGACUUGAGAAACGGCGUGCAAGAUGUGUUUUUGAGUAUUCAGCCAUUGUCAAAGAUGAAAUGAUUACUAUGGUAUUUUCUAUACUUUCUUUUUGCAGAUAACACUGAUAACCUUUACGAUGAAGUCGCUACAGCUGGCCAGAGAGACCGCACUCCUAGUACAGAGUUGCUUAUACCUCAAGACGAUUCUAACCGAUUGUCAUCCGCGUCAGGCGACUACGAACUUGUUGAAACCAUUUUAAAACCAGUUAUUCCGAUAACCAAAACCUCGGCGAGCGACGAUUAUGCGGAAAUUCCAGAACCAGUUCACAAGUCAAAUGCGUCCGGUAGCGGUAGCGCGGGACCUGUGCAUUUGGAGGUCUGUAAUGCGCCAGCGAACAUCUCAGUCACGGUGACAAGUUCAACGGAAGCAUGCGCAAAUGACGAUAACGUCGAAGAAACUCAUUACGAAUUAGUUGCUCCUCGAGAUAGGAAACGUUUGGAGUCAAGUACAUCAAAUGGUGUAAGGCUAUGAUUGAAAGUAAGAGAUCUACGAGUGAAUUUUCCUUAGUUUCGCCAGCGUACAAAGAGGAUAUGGUUUUACAUUCCAACAACCUUCCCCAGUCGACCAGUUCCUCAAUUCUUAUAACUGAUAUGUUUGACAUUACACAAACAUUGUAUGGAGAAUGUACAUGCUGAUGUCUCCUUAGGCUAAAGCGUUUAGCAAAACUGUGUUUGUAGAAAGAAGAUGAACCUUUUAAGGUAUUAACACGAUUAGCCAGUGUCCAAAGAUAAUUUUUACUUCUUAUAGGCUUAUCCUUGGAAAUCGUCUUUUUUUUUAAUCUCAGAAGUAGGGUAUAUUUAUUUAAAAGUUUGCAUGCGUGACUCGUGGAUAAACGAUUUACAGUAUUUUGAGUGAAAGAGAAAAACUUGAAAGCGAAACUUGUCACUCUUGAAAUGACGUGUAGUCUUACCCAUUCCAAACUACUCCUAUUUGCCAUGCGCACACUUAACCUGCCCGGAAGGAGAAGCACAACACACUUUGUUAGACGGCACUAUCUAGAGGAAUAUUUAAACUAGCAGAUUUUUUUUAUUUUUCACAUAUAUCAAUAGUUAAACGAAGUUCGAACGCACCCCACUAUUGAAUGGACACCUCACUUAGGCGGACAAGAGGUCAUGUAAACCCCCAAACUUUGGAAAUCUCAUAAUUGAAAAAGAAAUGCUUCUUAUUAACAAGGAUAAAGGUCUUUCGGGUAUGUGAUUGUGGAAGUUUCCUCUGCAUCAGAUAUUCCGUAGCCUUUUUCGUACUUACGGUUUAAGUUAAGGCUAAGUGUUGCAGUAUUUUAGUGUUCAGAUGAACCCGUAAAUAUAGUUUAUUAAAAGCAAUAUUAUGUACUUUUUUUAACCAUCACACUAUUGAAUAGCAAUUGUAGUGUUA